AUGAAGGGCGGCACAGCACUUUUGUUAACCUUAUUUUUUGCAACUAUUUGCCUGCAGUUUAACACUGGUGCGGCUGCUGAGAACAAGACUGUUACUAGCAGUCCCGUCGGCGACAUCGAUUACGUAAAAGAUGACUCCUAUUACGAUGAUGAGACAGACGCAGACGGAGACGAUGUGGACAAUGAAUAUAUUGAUGAUGAGGAAGAUGACGAUGAAGAAUAUGCGGAUGAUGUGGCUAACGAGGCGGCGGAAAUGAAAGCAGCGGAACUGAAAGCACAGCCACCAUAUUUYGAAGAAGCGGAAGUCAAUAUUUACACACGGCCAGGCGAGAAUCUACUGCUCGACUGCGCCGCCAAGAAUAUACAUUCAAAAAAUGUGAUCAUGUGGUAYAAGGGUAAAAUUGUGAUUGCAACCGGACAAUUCGUUAUGGAUCCCAAUGUGGAUGUGCUCAAGAAUAAUUCGCUGGUGAUACAGAAUGUCACCUCGAAGGAUGCUGGCGACUAUUACUGUGAAGUGCUGCCYGAGAAGSUGCGCAUGCAUGCGUUGGUCGAAGUUGAUGAAAGUCUGAUGAUAUUCUGUGAUGGGCAUGAGGUAACCAAUGAGACUUUGGUUUUCGUACAGGGUGAACCACACGUUUGUGUAUGCAAAUACUACUCACUGGAAAAUGUGCAGAUCAAAUGGUUUAUCGAUGGCAAACGCGCCGAAAGUUUAGUYGAACGUGUGCUGGGCGAGCAACUCUAUAUUGACAAUGUGGAUACCAAACAUGGUGGCAUCUACCAGUGUCUAGCCGAUGAUCUGUCACAAGAACCGCCGCAUGCCAUGAUCGUUGUCGAUGUUGUUUACGUGCCGAAGGUCUCCACUUAUCGGCAUUAUGUCAAUACGGAACAGGGUGGCAAUGCCGAGUUGUAUUGUGACUAUGCGGCAAAUCCGAGUGGUGAAGUGCUGUGGCUGCGUAACGGUAAAAGGCUGAAUGCCUCGGAUAAAUAUACAUUCAACGAAAUCACACACAAAGAACGCAAACGUUCGAUCUUAACGGUUAUGGAUGUGAGCGCUAACGAUCUUGGCGAGCAUGUAUGCCAGGUCCAGAAUGCCAUCGGCCGUGGUGAGACGAAAGUGCAUAUCAUUUACGAGCCGGAACAUCCACAAUUGGAGGACUUGGAAGUCAAUGGUAACCAGGUGGUGAUACAUUGGUUAGUGCGCAGCAUACAGCCGUUAUCGGAGGCGGUGUUGGAUUAUAAACUAGCGGGCUCAUACACUUGGAGCAAGGUAUCUGUGGUGCAUACACGCCGCCAUGCGGAAAGUCACAUUUGGAAGGUGACUCAUGAGAUGGAACUCACGCCGGGUAGUUGGCAUGUGCGUAUGCGCGCGAAAAAUACCGUUGGCUGGUCGGCAUUCUCCACGCAGYAUAAUUUCGUAAUUAAAGAUAAUGAAAGUGAUGUGGAUGCGUACGAUGUGCUCGAUGGUAUCGACGACGAUGAUGAAGAUGACUUGGAUACAGCUGAUGCGCCGAAAAAUAUGGUCGCUGUGGCUAGCUUUGGCGGCGGCGGCUCGAAUGGCGGCGCAGCGUUGCAAAUGUCAAACCAAUUAUUUGCGCUACUGAGUGCCGGCAUCAUGUUUUUGUUGUUAUCAAAAAAUGGAAUUUUAUAAAACAUUACCAAAUUGUUUGGGGUAAACUAGCGGUUAGUUAUGUGCACACAUACAUACAUGCAUACGUAUUUAUGUGUUGAGUUUUGUGUAUUUGUGUAAAUACGUAUGUUUGCAAGGUAUUCUAUAUAAAUGCGUACACACAUGCAUACAUACAUAUGUAAAUACAGUAUUUAUUUGCAUGCAUAACUGUAUAUUGUAAAAUGUUGUGUAUUUUUAUAAUAUAUUAUUUAUGUCAAAAAUAUUGGUGCCAAACAUAGAAUUAGUCAGACAACACACACAAACUAUAUAAAAGCAAGGAACGAGUCACAAAUAAAUAUUCUAAAUAUUUAUGUUAAAAA